AUGGAAGACAUUUCUUUAAUAAUAUGUGAAGAAGAGUUUAUCGUUAAGAAAGAUAUGCUAUGCGAAUUUAGUGAUUAUUUUCGAGCAAUGUUUAGUGGAAAUUACAUAGAAAAUGAACAACGACAGAUUGUUAUUAAUGUUUUACAACCCAGCAUAGUAAGAAUUAUUCUACAGUAUAUGAAAAUGGGUUUUAUAGAUCUGUCUGAAUACUCACUUCAAACAGUUGGUGAAUUAGCAAUGGCUGCAAAUUUUCUUCAAAUAACAGAACUCAUAAAACAAAUAGAAUAUACAUUAGACCUACAAACAUCGAUUUCUAACUGGAUGGCUACAAUGGAUAUUGCAGAAAGUUCUUCAUAUCCAUCAUUAGAACAAUUGACAGCGGCAUUUGGUUUAUUUUCGUUUAAAUCUAUGAAGGUUGGAUAUGUGCCUUCAAUCAGAAAAUUAUUCUGGUAUCUUUCACAUCCAUAUUUAGAUACUGAUAGUGAAUUAGAUGUUUUUAAAUUUGGUCUUGAAUGGAUGCUACAUAAUGAAACUGGGGCGGAUGCAUUAAUGAUUAUUCUUGGAUGUUUAGAUGUGACUAGAUUAUUAUUACAUGAUUUAUGGGAAAUUAAAUUAUUAAUGAAAGAUUAUAUUAACAGUCUAGCAGCAAAAGUUGUUGAUUGUCUUUAUGAUUUACUCAAUAAUGGUCACACAUUGUCUAUAAAGAUAUUAUUGGAGGAAAAGAAACAGAUAUGUGAAAAGUUCACAGAAAGAGUUUAUGAUGAAACUUUUAGCUUGAUAAAAGAAAGUAAAUUACGUAAGUUACAGUUUACAUAUUCAAUUCCAAUGACAAUCAAAGAACCAAUGAUAGAUGAAUCACCACACUACAUGUUUACAUAUAAAUUAAAUGAGGGUUUCCAAAAAUGGUUAGAAUUAGUUGAGAAAAAUUUAUGGGGAUGGAAUGUUGUGUCAUGGAAUGCAACAAAACUAGUUAUUGUUGGUGGUGAGUAUGGUAAAGGUACAGGGACGUUUAUGAAAGAUGUUAAGGUGUAUGAUACAUUAAGAAAAGAGUGGAUUCGACAUGGUGUUCAGCUUCCUCCUCGGAGGCAUGGAAGUGUUGCUGUUGUUGAUGAUUCAUUAUAUAUUAUUGGAGGUGUAGGUGGGUUUAGGGUAGUUUUAGAUACUGCUAUAAUAUACAACCUAAAAGAGAGAACUUUUAGAAAGAUUGCCAAACUACCAGAUGCAAUUCAAAACCCUGCCGUUUGCUCUCACAAGAAUCAGCUAUAUAUGGCAGGUCACAAACACAUAUAUAGAUAUGAAGACUUGGAUAACUCUGAUCAUUGGAAACCAGUUGCCAGAGUUGAAAUACGUGUGAGCUGUAUGGUGUCACACAAAGGUUAUAUCUAUUGUACACAAAACUAUUUCAGUGAACUUUACAGGUUUAAACCCAAUGUUGAUAAUGAAUUGCAGUUUAUAAGUUGUUUUACUAAUCUGCCAGCAGUUAUGUGUAAUUUAGAUGGCCGACUUAUGGCUGUUACUGAAAACAAUAAGAUAUUUAGACAAACAGACAUUUUGUCAGUAGAAGAAUAUAAUGAUGCAGAAGACAGACCAAAAGUUCUAUGGUCACAAAUGGACACUCCUAUGAGGGUAAAUGAAACUGCAGGUUGCUGUACUUUAGUUAUGACUGCUCCACCUUUAGAAAAAUCAAUUUCACAAUACCACAUGCGUUAUUUAAUGAGGUACCCUGAUAUAAUGUAA